GAGGAGAACGCACACAAUUCACAGGUGAUACAACGGCAGGAACAGUAGGAGCGGGUGGCUGAGACGCCGUCGAUAGCGUCGAUAGCGUCUUCCUUCACCUUGCAGAAGCUAUGAGCUAUAACCACUUACGUACUAGCGUACCCCGCAUCACGUUGAGCACCAAUGCGGGCAUCCAUACCGUCUUCAAUGCCUCUCACUACCCGAUUAGGAAAUGGAAAGUCGACCCCUCUCCACAUGUGGAUGCUGACUGGAAGUGGCUGCUCUUACGAUUUGGUCCCGAAUAGGAAUUCAUCGCUGAAGAGUGAAGGAAAGGGCGUUCAAAUGCUGCCUCGGGAUCAGUUCCUCGAUUGACUUUGACGGUUUGACAGAAAAGCAGGUGAUUACCAAGAAUAGUAACCCUAAGACUUUAAAUUGAGACAAUUGAGUCCUCGCAAAAUUCUCUCGUUUCAACUUUGCUGACGGCUUUGCUCUCUCUCUCUCUCCAGUUUCCCGUAGCCUGGUUUUUCCCUCUCGUUGCACUCUUCAAUUACGAAAUACGACCUCGUCGCGUGCUCCAUUGCCGUGCCAAGUUACCAAUAUAAGCCACUCCUGAAUUUCUGUCUUUCCCGUCCCGUCUCAUUAGCUCAUCAACUCCGUACCGCGAGACAUCCGACGCCAUGGCAGCCCCGGCAAACAAGACAAUCGGAGAUCUGAACGGGAAGUGGAUUCUGAACAAAAACCUCUCAGACAGCGUAGAGCCAGCCUUAGCGCUCCAAGGCGUCGGGUGGCUGAUCCGGAAGACGAUCAACAACACGACGGUAACGCUGCACGUAAAGCAGUACCAAGGCCCGCCCACGCCCCCCGCCGUCGCAGCCGACGACACACCGACGGUGACGCGCGUGGACAUCGACCAGAUCGCCACGGCGGGCGUCAAGGGCACGACGGAGAACCGGUGCCUAGACUUCGUCUUCCGCGAGCACAGCGACUGGCUCUUCGGCCGCGUGCAAGGGCGCUCGCGAUGGAUCAGCGCCGCCGAGCUCAAGACGCUGGUAAGUGCUGGCGGAGAAGCGAUUGAGAAGAAGUGGGUGCAAGACGACUUUGUCACGAAGGAUUGGUUGGAGGGGGACGCGGAGAAGGGAGGACCUGAGGGCGAGACGCAUAUGUUGAAUCAUGUGGAGAGUCUGGAUAAUGGGUGGACGGCGCUCCAGGUUUGGGGGUUCCAGGAUGUGGGUGGGGAGAGGAGAUAUGCGAGGAAUAUUGUGGUUGCGAAGGGGGAUACGUAUGUUGCGUUUAGGAUGAUUUAUGACUGGGUUGCUGAUAGCGAGUAAGCGGGCUAGCGAGCGAGGUCCGGUUGUUCGAUUCUAUGAGGGUUUUACAUGAUAGAUGGCGUGGCAAUGAAUGGGUUGGUAUUUAAGGCUGGGUAGAAUAGAGGGUGCAUGAAUCACGGCUGGUUUCUUGUCUGAAAAGAAACGUCAAGUGCAAUACAAAAAAAUCCGCGUUGAA